AAUCAAUCUUUCCAUACUCUCAAGAGUGAGAAUAGCAGUAGAGGAACUCUUAGCGCCGAACCGAAAAAACCCAGUCCUUUAACAAGCCUGUCUCCGUUUAAAGCACCGUCCCUCGCUUGGCUCCUUUUAAACCUCCCCCUCUCUGUCUCGGUCUUUACAAAAACUUAAAAGAAUAAGUUUGCUUUUGGACAUCAGUAGUAGAGGAGCAGCGUGUCUCCAUCCCUACAGUAAUGGCUUUCAUCUCUUUCGUCGGGAGAGUUCUCUUUGCCUCUGUUUUCAUUCUCUCUGCUUGGCAAGAGUUCAACGAAUUUGGUUCUGAUGGUGGGCCGGCAGCACAUAUUAUGGCACCUAAAUUCCGUUCUUUCUCAAAACAUGUGUCGUCUCAUACUGGAUUUCAAGUGCCACAUUUUGAAAUGAAGCACGCCGUUGCUGCUGCUAUGUCUGUGAAAGCUGUUGGAAGCCUUAUUUUCAUCCUUGGCAGUUCUAUUGGAGCUUAUCUUCUGCUUCUGCACCAGCUCAUCGUCACCCCAAUAUUGUAUGAUUUUUACAACUAUGACGCUGACACCAAGGAAUUUAACCUGCUUUUUGCAAAGUUUGCACAGAACUUGGCACUGUUUGGGGCAUUGCUCUUUUUUAUUGGCAUGAAGAACUCAAUCCCAAGGAGACAACUGAAGAAGAGGUCUCCCAAACCAAAAGCAUUAUAAAGAGUAACCUUUCGAUGUUGUGAAGGUUUCCUUUUGCUCGGUGGCUUGAUUUCUGGAGUUUGUCAAAGAUCUAGUUCUGUAUGCUUGUAUGAGGCUUUUCCUCUUUUAGAGACUAGGGACUUGGAAGAAAAAGAAAAGGGAAACAUUUUUCUGUUGUGAUUAUGUGAUCCAAUAUGCCAUUCAUGGUCAAAAUGGAGGUUUAUUUCUGAUA